UCCAUCUUCCUCCUGCUCCUCUGCUUCGGCUACUGUAUGGGGCAUGGCCGUGGCUAUGUUGAUGUGGUGCUCGUCUGGUUGAUGCUCCAUGCCCUACUCAUGCAUCAGUUCCUACCUGAGUUCUGUAGUUGUGGAUCCAUGCUAUUCUAGGGUUUGGAGGCUGCUGUUCAUGUUUACUUGCUAUCAUAGGAGCUCCCUGUGAUGCUCUGGUUUACAUUGGAUGCUCUGGUCCUAUAGCUAUGCUCCUGGAUUUGAUUUCGGAUGCGUUUUGGGCCGUUGGAUCUUGCCCGCUGGAUCAAAAAGAGACACUUAGUUGGCGCAGGGCUAUGAUGAUCGGUUAUGGCUGAUAUAAGCAUGCUCUCGAGCAACCGAGGCGCUUGUGGGUAUUAAGUUGGAUCCCCCCUCGUUUCUUUGAGCCGUUUUGAUCAUGUGCUUAUUUUAGUGGCUCUGUCCUUGGAUGGUCAUUUCUGAUGAGUGAUAACCAGGGCAGUUUCACCCUUGCGAGAACAGAUUGGUCUGGCGAUGGAGACACUAGGGGAAGGGUCAUGAUCGAGCAAAGGCGAAUCUGAGCCCAUUCAAAUGCAGUUCUGGUCUCAAGCACAGUGUGCUAUGUUGUUGCCGUUCUGUAUUUGUAUUUAGUGCCCCUUUGGUUUGCAGGAAUUUAAGAACACAUCCAGAAAUAAGAACUGAGGCAGCCCCCGAGCUCUCUCAGAGUUUAGCGACUCUCGGCCGUCCAAUCGAACUGCUUGAUGCGUUUCCGGCCGUUGGAUCGAGCGCGUGGAAGGGCUUGGCCGGCGGAUCGAAGCCGCGCUCCUGUAGCAAUGAAUAGUUACCGUCCCCCCGCGAUCCUGCUUACUCCGCGAUUUUGACCGGUUCUCGCUGGCUUGUGGGCCCCUUCAUGGGGUGGGUCGCGCCUGUCAGCGGCUGUGCCUGGGAGCGUGGUCUGUGCGGCCAGUCGGCACCCUCCAGCGGUCAAAUAUCUCGUGCCACCGCCGAUAAUUAUCGUGCCCUGCCGAGGGCAUUUUCGUUUUUUCACCUUUUACCCCUGUGCGUGGUGGCCCCUGGUUGGUCCGUGCGUCGAUGAGGCGAGGGAGGCCAUUCUUUCUAGGGCGAUGAUGACUAACCGUGACUGAAAUAAGUGUGCCUUUCAGCAAUCGAGGCACCUGUGGUAUCAAGUUGGAUCCUCCCUCUUGUCUCUAGAAUCCUUUUUGAUCAUGUGAUACUUAUUGUUCUGUCCUUGGAUGGUCAUUCUUGUUGAGUGAUAACCAGGGCAGCUCCAAUGUAUAAAAAGAUUGAUCUGGUGAUAAGAGAUGAUGGGGGUAGGUUAUAUGAUCGAGGAAAGGUGAAUCUGAGCCCACCAUGCAAUGAACCAUGAACUCUUUUUAUUUGUAUUUAAAGGUGUUGCUUAUUUGUGCUCCAGUGUUUAUAGCCGUCUUGUGUACAGAUUUCUUCUCUCUCAUACCUUUAUUGCAUAUAAGUUGUUCUUGAUCUUUUAUUGUUUGUUGUUGGUCCUUGAUUUAAUCUGGUUAAGAGUAAGUUGCACUUUGACUCACUCCCAGCAAGUUAUCGGUUGAGUGGCUUGUUUUAAUUCGUUGUGAUACUAUUACUCCUAUUUUUCCGCAAGUUACCAGUUGCAGCUAUUUGUUCUUACAUGCUACAAAUAGUAAUGCUACAUGAUUUUUUUGAGAGUUUUUUUGGAGAUAAUGCUGGAUUGUUCACGUAAAGAGUGACUGAGGUAGUAUGUCCCAUGUUGCUGUCUGUAUCCAUAAACAAUUUUUCGACUGCUGUGAUUAAGUUGCUGGGUUAAUCCGAGCCAUUGAGCGGACAUUUCCUUUUGUUUUCUUUAGUUUGUUCUGAAGCUUUCCCCAAUUCUGUCUCUCACCAUUGCAUUUUUUGGAUCAUGCACCAGACUAAAUGUAGGUGAACUUUGAAGGAUGUGUGCUUUGUUAGUUUUGCAGCUUGUUUCCUUGCUAAGUAAGCGUUUGGGGUUAUUUUGUUUUGUUGCUACCUUCUGGACGACGGGCGGGCGGGCAGCGGCAGCGCCGAGGAUGGCAGCCAUGCCGUGGCUGCUGGACGACGGCAUCGUCCGCGGCAUGGCCAUCGGCGCGGUCUUCACCGACUACUCUGGGAAGAUAAGCUGCCUCGAGUUCCAUCGCAAGGAGGAUCUCCUCGUCACCGAGGACGACUCCAUUCGCCUCUACAACACCACCAGCGCAACCAUGUGGAUGGGAAGUGUCUGGGAUCUACUGCAUUUUGAUUGCUGGCCUAUAGAUAUGAGUGACAGUGUUGGGUUCUGUUGUUUGGGGAUGCUGGUAGGAGUACAACAACAUUAGGCGAUUAGCUAUUUGUGAUGCAAAGGUGUCGGUGGUCGGGUUGAUGCGGACGCGGCUGCGAGCUCGACGUGAGAGCAGCGGGGCAGCGUCGAGCUCACCAGGUCCUCCUGCCCGCCUGCUAAACCUCCAGGUGAUUCGCCAAUGAUGAUCAGUCAACCACUUGCUUCGACGCUAAUGACUACCCAACUAUCUACCAAGAUGUUUCAAUGGUCUUCUGUUUGACCAUUCGCCUUUUGUAGGAAUGCCUUGCUCUGAAAAUUAUGUAGCAUCAAAACUGCUGGAUGCGCUCUUUAACCUUGAUUGCUUUGUCUAAAAAUAACGUACUUAAAGCAUUUUGUGUUGGCAUUUGGUUUGCUAAUUGGGUAGCUUUCUCAAUAUUGAUCUCACUACCAUUAUAGUUACUUAAGCUAUAUUAUGCCCCUGCUUUUAGUACUGAACUUUGUAACCUGGUUGGAUUUUGUCAUCGUAUGAUAUUACUCCUUGGUGUUGAA